AUGCAGCGUUCUUCUCAGUACGCAAUGUCCAGUUUAAGACAUUGCCGUCGCUUUCUUCACUUCGAUUUGGCGUGUGGGCGUGUUAUGGAAACGAUGCAGCCUCUGAUGAAUACAAUUUGGCGGAGUUUAUCGACCUGCAAUCCUUGCGGAAGUUUACUGCUCUCAGCAAAUCGUUUUUCAUGUUUCUUCGCUUGACUGUCGACAGUGGAGCGCGCAUCCCUUGUUUUCCUGUAGACUUCCCUCGACUCAAGAAGAUCCUGAUCGUUCCGACAUCGUUUAACUUCGUCAAUAAGGUGUGGCGAGGAAAUAAUGUGCCUGAUGCGUUUUUGAACUGCGUGAAACAGUCGUAUAGAAAAGAGGAUUG